GAAGCUGGUCCAGAAGUCAUUCAUACUAUGAUACAGGACAGUUUAGAGGAUCUGGCGGAAGAGGAAUCUUCUAUAAAGUUACAAAAGCAGGCAGAAGAGAAACUGAGCGAAACAUUGGUUUCCAUGAACCGUACUCUCUAUGCAUUACAUGCUAUAAAUGAAAAGAGGAACCUAGGCAUAUGCCACUCCUUGGAAUCCACAGGCUUUGAGUUUUCCAUACGUCCCAUUGUAAAAUCUUUUUCCGAUCAAAAUUGCACCUUCAACACAAAGGCUUUUCUUAGGGUUUGUAUCAAAACCUCUCCAUUUCUGGAAUUAGAAGACUGGACUCUCUGUCUACACCAUGACGAUCCUUCUCCUACAGCUUCUAUCAUGCAUACUACAGCCAAAUUAGUGCCCAUCAUUGGCUUUGAGCCUUUUUACGAAAAUGCGUUGGAACGAUUCAUUAUAUGGGAGCGCGAUAUUGAAAUUGACAUAGUGAACACCUACCCAUUACCACUGAAUGUCAAAGCAUCGCUUAUCAUGUCUACGCGGGCCACAAUGAAUGGAAGUGUCACAGAGGGUGAAGCGCUUGAUGCUGAGAACGAAAGUGUCAUAGAAUUUCCCGUGUCAGACACCACUGUGGACGACUUUCAUUUCCUCUAUCCUUGUCAUCCCAACAUGGCUAUGACCAUUGAGCGUAGAGGGCUGGAUGAGGUUACCCAUCGACUGAUCACUUCCUACAACGCACAAAAAUUGAGAAAACAAGGGCAGAAGCAACUGUUGUCGCUUUUUUCUUACAAAUCAAUACAUAUCAAAUAUAACAUUGCUUCAGAUUUCAGUGACGCGUCCUACAGAUCUCUCUUGUCUACCAUUUUCGGGGAGGGUCAUUCACUCACAACGGUGCAGGAUAUCUUACGGGACGGAGCAGAGAGAGCUUUAUUCUUUUUAGUGGCCUAUCCAGGAAGCCCUGUCAUUGUGAAGCUAUCGAGAGAAUCACCUACUGUAUUGGAUUUUUGUCUACAAUGUUCUUAUCCUCCUGCUCUAUUCAAAGCCGAAGCUACCUUACUCCAAAGGAUAUAUGAUCGGCUCAAGCAGAGUCAUACCAUGACAAUGGAUGAGCAGCAAACAAGCAAAGACAGUAAACACGCCAUAAACUUUUUGCAAAAAUUCAAGUCGCUUGAAGAGUCUGUAUUCCAACUGCAAAGAGAAUAUUAUCAACAUCAGAGGAGCAAUACGAGUGACAGUAAUGGGUUAUGGUCUCGACUCAAACAGACAAUAGAUCUGCUAUAUAGUAUACAACAACCAGAACCAAUAGGCUAUAUACAUUCGUUCGAUAACGCGUGA